AUGGCGCGCAAGUCGUGCAGCGGGCGGCUGCAGCUGGAGCAGUCGCUGAGCCACGCCGCCGCCGUGGUGGAGGCGGCGCAGGAGAUGCGCGAACGCAGCCUGGCGGCCGAGCGCGCAGCGUACGAACUGCGCGCCCUGGCCGUGCGCGCCACCAGGGCCGCCAACAGCAUCCACGCCUCUGCCAGGGCAUCUGAUACAGCAACCGUCAUCCACAGUAUAAAUGAAUUAUCAGCAGGUGAUGCAGUGGGAUUUAGUGUUCUUCAACAUCAAGCAGAACGGCUUUUGUCUGUAAUUAGCCACGAAGCAAUUCAACAAUGUGUGGAUGACACAGAGCAUUUGCAAACAAGUGGACUGUCUGACAGAAUACUUCGUCUUGAAUCACGUGCUCGACCAGUGCAAGGUGUAGAUUCAUCUGUGAAUACUCGCGGGUCACGAUGUGACAUCGAUGAGCGUUAUCCCGAUAUGAGCAGCUCUCGGGAAUCCCUUAUGGAUCUGGCUAAUGUGGUGAGUCUGCCACCAGUGCCUGAGGACAGUCUUGGAAACUUCUACAAACUUGCUGUCAGAACGUCUAGCCUGUCAUCACUGAAAAACUUCCGCAAAGUAAAGCUGUGUUUGCAGCGUGCAUCCUCUGAGGAGGAUGAGGACAGUGAAAGUGAAGAACACAGCUUUGCUUCAUCGGAUGAGCAAGGAAGCAGUGACAAGGAAAUGAGGCCAGCUUUUCUGUCGCAAAAAAAGAACAUCAUGCUUGGUAACAUUAAAGAAGAAGUUUGA